AUGAACCGAAUGCCCUUCGAGAUAUUCGACUUUAUAAUAACUACAGUCAAGUCCCUUGAUAACAAUGAACGAGAUAAACUAUUUUACCAUGCUCAAUUUGAAAACUUAGAAGAGAUCGGUAGGGGUGGGUUCGGCACCGUAUAUAAAGUGGUUCAUAAAUUAGAGGAUGAAGUGUACGCUAUAAAAAAACUAGUGAUGAACGCAAACGUUGAAAAAAAGAAACAAAAAAUACUGAAAGAAGUGAAAAGUUUAGCAAAACUGGACUCAAAUUUUGUGGUUAAAUAUUACAACUCAUGGCUUGAGUCCAAUCAUCUCUUCAUUCAAAUGGAGUUCUGUUCACAAAAUCUCAAAUCUGUUCUCAAAGACAAACCCAUUGUCUUCGAGAGACAACCAGAAGAAGAGAUUAUUAAUUGCAAUCGAUUCAUAAAACUUUGUGACUUUGGUUUGGCUACAGUUCACAACACCGACGGACACAUUAACAGCCGGUAUGAGCACACGUCAGGUGUGGGCACAAUCAAGUAUAUGUCACCCGAAAUCUACCAGGGUAAAAGCUCGCAAUCAUUUAAAGCCAAAGAAUCAGUAUUUAAGACAUCAAUACUAUGUCUAUACCAGACAUUAGUGGCAAUGAUGUCAACACCCAAUUGGAGACACAGACCUGAGUGUCGGCAAGUGUUGGCCAAAUCUAAUGACUGGUCUAUUGAUAGGACUCUUGUUAAGAAUCACAAGAAUUUUAAAUCAAUUAAAUAA